UCGUGGCCUCGGGCAUUCAGCAGCUGACGGCAACCAGGCGAUCGUACAUCCGGGGAGAAGCGUUCAACGCUUGGACAAAGAUGGAUACUGGCCUCUCCUGGAUCCUCGCUUUUGCCUUGAUCGCGCUCCUCGUAUCGGAAGGCUGGGCCAUCGAUUGUUUCAAGUGCGUGUCGAUCGACGGCGACAACAAGCCCUGUGACGAUCCGUUUCACAACAACGGGAGUCUGGCCUUCCUGGAGUCGCCAUGCUUAGGAGGUCGCAAAGGGCGCGAUGGUCUUUUCCCCGCGACUGCGUGCAUCAAAAUAGCGGGAAUAUAUGACGAAUCCGGGGUCUCUUUGACGGUGAGAAGCUGCGCGCUGGACAGCGGAACUCUGACGACCGACUCCGAAAUCAUAAGAAUGUCACAUUGCGGAGGGUUCUAUUUCGACGACAAAUACGUUCGUGGAUGCGUGCAGUCUUGCAACGAUGCGGAUGCCUGCAAUGGAUCCACACGGCGAGCAGUUGCGCUCGUGCUUUUAACUUUAUCGAUUUUCCUUGGACUAAUUUGACGAGGAUGGUCAGCGUAAAAUUCGCGUUAAUUAAAAUAUAGAUAAUUAUUGUAUAUAUCAAACGAAAAACGAUCACCUCUAUAUAUAACGGACCAGUUCGAAUGUAAAUCAGUAACCUGACCAAUUUAGCUGUGGACCAAAGACGUAAGAAAACGAAAAUGAUAACUCGUAAAUGAUACAACGAAAGCUUUUUGGCUAUCGUUCGUAAAUUAUUGCAUUUAUCCAAUAUAUCAAACGAAAGUUAUUAUAAUCAAAAAAAAAAAAAAAAAUUAAAGGUCCAAAUAAAUACAUAUGUAUGCGUUUCUUAUGACGCUAUAAUUACGAAGGAAAAGUAUACAGAAUCACUAUUUGAUACUAUUUGAUAGUCUGCAGAAUAAAAAUAGCAACAACUGCCAUUUUACGUAAACGUAACCGUUAUUGUUUUAUUAAUAUUCAUGCGUAGAAUAUGUAAUUUAUGAUCUAGCGAUUGCUUGGAAUUAUAGUCGAACGUAUAUUCGUGAGAUUAUCGUUAUUGCAGACUGUGUAGAAACACAAUAAAACAGAUUUUUAGUUAUAAA